AUGCAAUAUAUUAAUGAGAACAACCAGGAAUUUGAAGGGGGUACAUAUCCUCCCUUUGAGGAAUAUGUUUCAACUUUUACCCAAGAUAGUACCAUGCAAUAUUACUCAUCGCCAGCUCAAUUCAUGGUAAAAGGUUCAUACUCACCUUCAUUUUUCAAACAGGCAACCAUACAUGGUAAAUCUUAUCGUUCACCGAAUAGCUUAUCUUCAAAUAAUAUAACUGGAGAUGGAGAGCAAAGUAACUUACUUUCUACCAAGUUACCAACUAUUCCGAAAUUCGAUUCGUACAAGGAAGCGUACACUAAAUUGGAAGAUAACUUAAGUUUACCCGCCGAGUGGGAGGAAUCCGUUUCAACACCGAUGCAAGAAGAAAAUAAUAUAAGACCGUCAUUAUACAGACGGUUCACUGAUUCUGCUCUGCCAUUCUCCGGUUCUUUUGUUGGUAAGUCUGACUACCCAAGUCCAGAUUCUUCUCUAAUAAACUCACCUUUAUCAGGGAUAUCAAAUGAACCCUCUUUAGCAUUUAAAGUCCCAACGAAUGAGGCGUCCACCAAUUUUUCUAAUGACCCUUUUUCAAAUACCGUAGCUAACUAUACAUCUAUGUCGAAAAUAAGGCCGGGAUUAUUACAACUGCAUUCAGAACCUUUAUUACAAGAUAUGCUACCCCAAAUGGAAGAAGUCCCUAGGCUGGCUAAUCCAACGAUACAUAGAUCUAAAAGAAGUAAUUUAAGAUAUAACAGCGGUCCUUCCAUAUCGGAGGAAAUUGCAAAGUAUGGAUGUAAGCACUGUAAUAAAAGAUUUAAGAGACCAUCUUCAUUGAACACACACAUGAAUAUUCACACUGGAAAUAAACCCUACGUGUGUCCUUAUGAAGAAUGCCGUAAAUCUUUUAAUGCAAAAUCAAAUAUGUUGAGACAUUACAAGCUUCAUUUCAAACUUAACUCAGGUGCAUAUAUUUUACCAAACGGUGAAAUAAGUGCAGAAAAGCCUACUUCGAAGCAGCUUUUCGGCUCGAAAAGAAACGAAGAACAAGAACUAUCGUCAAGCGAAGAAUCCGAUUCUAAUGGCUUACUUCGAUUAAUUAAGAAAAUGCCCGAUAUCACAACUCGUUAA